AUGUCGAAUUCGGAAUUCCCGUCGCUCCAAAAGCUGAGGAACCAGUCACAGAUCCUCCCAGGGCAGUACAACAAGAUCCUUGUGGCCAACAGGGGGGAGAUACCAAUCAGGAUCUUCCGAAGUGCACAUGAGUUGGGUAUGCACACAGUUGCAGUUUAUUCGUACGAGGACCGGCUCUCGAUGCACCGGUUUAAGGCAGAUGAGGCAUACCAGAUCGGCAAGAAGGGCCAGUACUCGCCAGUGCAAGCAUACUUGGCGAUGGACGAGAUUAUUGACAUCGCAAAAAAGCACGGGGUGUCGAUGAUUCACCCUGGAUACGGAUUUCUCAGCGAGAACGAGGAGUUCGCGGCCAAAGUGGAAAAUGCAGGAUUGAUUUGGGUGGGCCCAUCACCGGAGGUGAUCGAGUCGCUCGGAGACAAAGUGUCGGCCCGAGUUUUGGCAGCCAAGUGCAAUGUUCCGACGGUUCCGGGCACACCAGGCCCAAUUGAGGAUGUGGAGGAGGCAAAAGACUUUGUGAAGAAGUACGGGUACCCGGUGAUCAUCAAGGCGGCAUACGGAGGAGGAGGCCGUGGUAUGAGAGUGGUGCACGAGGGAGACGAUAUCGUUGAUGCGUUCCACCGGGCGUCGUCGGAGGCAAAGUCGGCAUUUGGCAACGGAACAUGCUUUUUGGAGCGGUUCCUCAUCCACCCAAAGCACAUCGAGGUGCAGCUCUUGGCAGACAGCUACGGCAACACGGUGCAUCUCUUCGAGAGAGACUGCUCGGUGCAGAGAAGGCACCAGAAGGUGAUCGAGAUGGCACCUUCAAAGACUUUGCCGGAUGACGUGAGGAACUCGAUCCUCGCGGACGCCGUGAAAUUGGCCAAGACGGCCCACUUCCGGAGUGCGGGCACGGCGGAGUUUCUUGUGGACACUAAGGGAAGACACUACUUCAUCGAGGUGAACCCGAGAAUCCAGGUUGAGCACACCAUCACAGAGGAGAUCACAGGCAUCGAUAUCGUGUCUGCACAGAUCCAGAUUGCCGCAGGAGCCUCGUUGACCGACAUGGGCUUGUUGCAGGACAAGAUCACGACGCGUGGAUUCGCAAUCCAGUGCCGUAUCACGACCGAGGACCCGGCCAAGAACUUCCAGCCGGACACGGGAAAAAUCGAGGUGUACCGGUCGGCAGGAGGAAACGGUAUCCGGUUGGACGGAGGUAACGGAUUCGUGGGCUCGGUGAUCUCGCCGCACUACGACUCGUUGCUCGUGAAGUGCACAGCCCACGCUUCGAACUUCGAGGUGACCAGAAGGAAGAUGGUGAGGGCAUUGAUCGAGUUCCGGAUCCGUGGCGUCAAAACCAACAUCCCAUUCCUCAUUGCCGUGCUCACGCACCCGGUGUUCCAGCAGGGCUCGUGCUGGACGACGUUUAUCGACGAUACGCCGUCGCUUUUCGACAUGAUCUCGUCAAAGAACCGCGCCCAGAAGCUGUUGGGAUACAUUGCGGAAAUGUGCGUGAACGGGUCCUCGGUCAAGGGCCAGGUGGGCGUGCCCCGGUUGCACGAGGAGGCCGAGAUCCCGGCGAUCACAGACCCGGCGACCGGUGCGUCGAUCGACGUCGCCUCGCUUCCCCCUCCAGCCCGUUCGUCCGGCUGGCGCGAUGUCAUCGUGUCCGGUGGCCCGGAGGAGUUUGCCCGCCGCGUCCGCCGCAACAACGGCGUUCUCAUCAUGGACACCACGUGGCGAGACGCCCACCAGUCGUUGCUGGCGACCCGUGUGCGGACGAUCGACCUCUUGAACAUUGCCCCCUCGACCGCGUACGCGUUUACUAACGCGUUUGCACUUGAGUGCUGGGGAGGCGCGACGUUCGACGUGUCGAUGCGGUUCUUGCACGAGGACCCAUGGCAGAGGCUUCGCAAGAUGCGUGCUGCCGUGCCUAACAUCCCAUUCCAGAUGCUUUUGCGGGGUGCUAACGGUGUUGGGUACGCGUCCUUGCCCGAUAAUGCGAUCGAUCACUUCGUGAAGCAGGCCAAGGACAACGGCGUGGACAUUUUCCGUGUGUUCGACGCGUUGAACGACUUGGAGCAGUUAAAGGUGGGUGUUGAUGCAGUUAAAAAGGCCGGCGGGGUCGUCGAGGCCACCGUGUGCUACUCGGGAGACAUGCUACAGCCAGGCAAGAAGUACAAUCUCGACUACUACAUGCAGACCGUGGGCCAGAUCGUCAAGAUGGGCACCCACGUGCUCGGCAUCAAGGAUAUGGCCGGUACCAUGAAGCCUGCUGCAGCUCGUUUGCUCAUCGGCAGCAUUCGCAAGGCCUACCCAGACUUGCCAAUCCACUUGCACACGCACGAUUCCGCCGGAACAGGCGUGUCCACGUACGUUGCAGCUGCCGAGGCCGGUGUCGAUGUUGUAGACUGUGCCGUGAACUCCAUGAGUGGGCUCACAUCGCAGCCCUCGAUGUCUGCAUUCAUUGCCGCGGUCGAUGGCCGGUUUGCCACGGGCAUUCCGGAGUCUGCAGCCCGUGAGUUGGACUCUUACUGGGCCGAGAUGCGGUUGCUAUACUCGUGCUUCGGUGCUGACUUGAAGGGCCCCGACCCGGAGAUCUACAAGACGGAAAUUCCAGGCGGCCAGCUCACCAACUUGAUCUUCCAGGCACAGCAGGUCGGCUUGGGUGACCAGUGGGCAGCCACAAAGGCAGCAUACACAGAAGCCAACCGGUUGCUCGGCGAUAUCGUGAAAGUGACGCCGACAUCCAAGGUGGUGGGUGAUUUGGCCCAGUUUAUGGUGUCGAACCACCUCUCGGGCCCAGAUGUCGAGAGGUUGGCCUCGGAGUUGGACUUCCCGGACUCGGUGCUCGACUUCUUCCAGGGACUCAUGGGCACUCCUUACGGCGGGUUCCCGGAGCCUCUCCGCACAAACGUGCUCCGGGGCAAGAGGAGAAAGCUCACCUGCAGGCCGGGGCUCGAGUUGAAGCCCUUCGACUUGCAGCAGGUCAGAAACGACUUGCAUGCCAGAUUUGGCCCGGAGAUCGACGAGUGCGACGUCGCCUCAUACAACAUGUAUCCGAAGGUCUACGAGGACUGGAGGUCUGUGCUUGAGAAGUACGGUGAUUUGUCCGUGCUGCCAACCCGCUUUUUCCUCGCUGCUCCUAAGAUCGGCGAGGAGAUCAACGUCAACAUCGAGGAAGGAAAGACCCUCAUCAUCAAGCUUAUUGCUGUCGGCGACUUGAACCAGGAAACUGGCACAAGAGACGUCUACUUCCAGAUGAACGGCGAGAUGAGGAAAGUCGCCGUCCAGGACAAGAAGGCCGGUAUCGAGAAGGUUACCAAGCCUAAGGCUGACGGCCACAAUCCAAACGAGGUCGGUUCGCCGAUGUCCGGAGUUAUUGUCGAGGUCAAGGCCAACGUCGGCGACGAUGUUGCCAAGGGCGACCCCUUGUGUGUUUUGAGUGCCAUGAAGAUGGAGAUGGUGGUCUCUGCUCCUACUGCCGGCCGUGUUCUUGACAUUUUCAUCAAGAAGGACGAGAACGUCGAGGGAGGCGACUUGCUUGUCAAGUUGGGCCAUCCUGGUACUCCUGAUGCUUGA